AUGACCAGCCAGGUAGUUCGUGUAUUCAAGUGUCACCGCUAUGGUAUCAGCCGACGCAAGCCCAAGCAGCCCCAAAGCCCACCCCAGUUCAAACAGUUCCACCGGCAAACCCCUCCCCGGAAUAUGUCACUGAAUCUAUGCUACGUGAUUUUUCCAUGGAACAUGCCCCAUCGGCUGCACAAUCGAGGGGUAUCACAGACACCGUACCCACAGGGGUACAUCAUCCCAAAAUUUCCCAAGUAUGACGGCGUCAAAGGGGAUACCGAUGAGCACUUGCAAAGAUUCGUGGAAUCUCUAGGCCAACAUAGCCAUGAUGAAAUCCUACGCCUACGAGAAUUUUCCAAGUUUCUCACCGAGCUCGCGUAUAGAUGGUUUCGUAGUCUCGAGCCAGACUCGGUCACCACUUGGCAACAACUCUCCCAGAAGUUCCACGACAAGUUUGGUCAAGCCAUCGAGAGGGUUACUACUCUCUCUUUCACCAAAGAAACGCAAGAAUCUCACGAGGAACCCCUCAAGUUCAUUUCUCGUUUCCAGACCCGUGCGAGGGAAUGCUUCGAGGCUAGCAGUGAAAGGGAUCUGGUUGAUAUUUGCAUACAAGGCAUGACUAAGACCUACAUGAUACACUUGGUCAAUCUGGGUCUCAACAGCUUUAGUGAUUUCACUACAGCUGUACGGAACAUUUGUAAAGAUCUUGUACCUCCCAAGGCAGAGGUCGCUGGACAGGUCACUCGCAAGGACACGCUGGUUGCUCCUCGCAAUGACAGGGCCAAAAAGCGUCGCGAAACAGAUGUUAGGGCCAAGGGAUCUCGAGCUGAGCGAACAAAUGAUCCUCCCCCAUUCCCAGUAUGUAUGGAAGAAGUUGCCAGUACUCUCGAACAGUGGGUCAAGCACGGUGUAGUCGUGCUACCCGUCCCUCAUAAAGAGCCGACCGCACAGGAUCGUGCGAGUUUAAAUUUUUGUAUCUUCCACCAAGCCACUUCACAUCCAACAAGUGUAUACAGGAUUCUGAGGCAAAUUUUUCGGCAACGGCUCGAGGGUGGUGAUCUCGAGUUGACCGUGCCAAAGGAUGUGUGGCACAAUCCGUACCCUCGUCAUCGCGGUGUGGCUGUGGUCACGUAUUAUGACGAGUUUGAAGAAACCAACCCCACGCAAUCAAAGGUUCAGGCGCAAUACGGCGAGGAAGAGUGUUGUGCAGCCGCUUCGUCAAGUCAACCCUCCUCUUACCAGGCUCCAUUGACCAUUUCUUUCUCUGAAUCUGACAAAAGGGUCUCUACCCCUCAGAAUCGUCCACUCUAUGUCACUGAGCAACUCAAUGGUAGGGAGUUCCAGCACGCUUUUCUUGAUAACGGGUCUUCCAUUAACAUCAUGCCAUGGGCCACCUUUCAGAAAGCUAGUUUGCUCCAAGAUCGUCUUGUCAAAGAAGCCAUCGAGGUCUAUGGUUUCGGCAAUGAAUCCCACCAAACUCUCGGCUCUGUAAAUGUUGAUCUCGCGGUUGGUAGAUUUCGAGCUCCCACCAAAUUCCAUGUCGUCAAGGCUGAUACAUCAUAUCAUGUGCUCCUCGGGUGGGCGUGGAUGCACCGUUUCGGCAUAGUAGCUUCUACCUAUCAUCAAUGUUUCAAAGGCAUCUUGGGAAACAAGGUCAUCAUGGUUCCGUGCUCUGAUAAGCCUUUUGCCAAGCAUGAGGCACACUUUACUGAGGCUCUCUUCUUUGAUGAGUUGGAUGAUGAGGAUGAAGAAGCAGAGGCGCAUAUAAUUCGUACUCCGCUACCCAAGUGGGAGGAGGUACAGCAGGGCAUUUUUUACACUCUAUAG